GCCCGGCAGGCUGAAGUGGCAUUCACAAUCCAGCUAUCGUCAAGGAGACAGACACUGCAGCCUUCUCUCUACCAUCAUGUCUUUCAACUGCUCCACAAGAAAUUGCUCUUCCAGGCCAGUUGGAGGACGUUACACUGUCGCAGCAGGCCCAGUUACCACAGCUUCAGCCCGUGAUGCAGACUGCCUGAGUGGUAUCUACUUGCCCAGUUCCUUCCAAACCGGUUCCUGGCUCCUGGACCACUGUCAGGAGUCGUGCUGCGAGCCCACUGCCUGCCAGCCCACAUGCUACCAGAGAACGUCGUGCAUCUCCACUCCUGUCCAGGUAACUUGCAAUCGACAGACUACCUGUGUCUCCAAUCCCUGCUCAACUCCCUGUAGCCGGCCACUCACGUUUGUGUCCAGUGGCUGUCAGUCCCUGGGAGGCAUUUCCAGCUCUUGCCAACCAGUGGGAGGCAUCUCUACCGUCUGCCAACCAACCUGUGGAGUCACCAGGACAUACCAGCAGUCCUGUGUGUCCAGCUGCCGAAGAACUUGCUAAGUGCCUAGGAGCCAGUGAGCCAGCAGAGUCCCCAUCCUCUGCCAGCUGUGUCUCCAGGAUCUACCAGUAUGCUGCCUGAAUACUUCGUCCA